AUGCCUGUUAUGUCGUCGGUACUCAUCUCCUCCACUCUUAGCACAGUCGCGCCACUUCUCAUGGCCCUGAUCAAUCCCAGUUGGCCAUAUUGGUACGAUCCUUUCUUUGCCCAGAUUCUGGCUCCAUUGAGUUGCGAUAUCCUCUUCAUAGUUGGCAUCCUCGUCGUGUCGGACGUUUUCCCCACGCAUAUGCAGGCUUUGAGCGGAGCUGUCUUCAACACUUGCGCACAGCUUGGAACCGCCAUUGGCCUAAUUGUCACCUCGCUCAUCGCCGCCUCUGUCACUAAUGCAUCUAUUGACGCCGAUAAAGCCUCGCCCAGUGCCCUUCUGGGAUACCGCGCUGUUUUCUGGACCAUGUUUGCUGCCAUGACGCUGGUCUGCGUGCUAAGCGUGCUCGGAUUACGGACAGUCAAACAGUUGGGGGUGAAGCGAGACUGA